AUGUUCCUCUCCACCCAGGUUAUGGAUGAAUACCCCGCUUUUGACGUAAAAGAGACGACCACGCCUGUGUGGUGGCACUACAUGAUCGUGGCGGUGCCCGAUGUGGUCCACAACACCAACACCUCCUUCAUCUACCUCUCCGACGGAGAUAACCUGGAUCUACACUACAAACCGUACCCCGGCGACAGUUUCUACGACUUCGUCACAAUGAUGGCUGUCACCACAGGGACUGUGUGCGUCAACUUAAGGAACAUACCAUACGCGCCUGUUGUGUUCCAGGACGACCCAGCACGAGCCAACAAGACAGAGGAUGAGAUCAUCGCAUGGACGUGGUGGGAGUUUGUCUCCAACCGCUCCGACAAUCCUGAAUGGCUGCUCAGACUACCCAUGACCAAGAAUGCCCACCAUCACUUCCGAUCCUUGGGAGGCUGGACGUUUGCUUUCAGAGACUACUACCACAUGAAUUUUACUGACCGUUUGGAUGACCCUCGGACAAAGCUCAUGGCGGACAUAGUGGACCCGUUCUUUCGAUUCCCGUAUGGCGAGGUUGUUUGGGUUUGUUUGUUUUUUCAAUCGAGUAUUGCGUACUCCGUCUGUCUGCUUGGACAUUGUAUCCUCAUUAUUUCCUACUUUCUGUCCCCACUGGCAGCUUACAGAGACCUACUGACCAUGCCGAAGUACAUCAUCACCACAGGUGGCGACGAGUUCUUUAUCAUCGACGACAGUUACUAUUACCUCAAAGACAUUCCGGGAGAAAAUUUGCUGAGGACAUUGGCCAAUGCUGAACACCUCUUGAUCUUACACCGCGUAUCGUUGUUCAUGGGAGUGCGCAGCUUCUACAUGAGUGUUUUCCAGGGUAACACCAGUGGUGAGCUGACAAUGACUUGUGAUACAGAACCUAUCGCGGUGGUCGCUGAGUACGCCAAGACAAUCAGCAAAACCAGACGAGACUUUCGACUGUUCAUCGCUGACCCCGUGAACCCAGAGAAGCCCUUCCCACAACCCGUCUUCUGGUUUAAACAAAACGUGCAGAAACUAGGGAACAACAGAUACAGUGUCAUCUUUGACAACCCGCCUGAGGGAUGGCUCGCCUUUCAUAUCCACGCAACUUUCCCAGGACCAGAUGACAGCGUGUUCGAGUUCACCACAGAGAAUAUGAUUAUCCCCAAUUACCUGCCGUUCCCGGACUGCCACAAUGACACUUGCACGGGGACGCUAGUCUGA